AUGUCUGCUAACAAACUUUAUUCUGAAUUUCGAAAUCUCGCCGACACAUCCAUUUUCACCCAAGAGACGUCACCUAUAAACGCCAAGCGAGACGCUUUCCUGGCCGCUUUUCUAGAGCAAAAUAUGAAGAAGUACGAGAUGGCUGUAGGUAAUAAACUCAAUAGCCCGUUCGCUGCUCCUGUCAAAAGACAGCGCGUUUACCGUCCAGACGACGAGAUUCAAACGGACGUGAAGGACCUCAAGAAAAGACUCGGAGCCGCCCAGAAGCGAGAGAAAUCUCAAGCCACGACACACAUUAAUCAUCUCGACAGCAUGUUGCAAGCUUGUCCGAAACAGACGGAGUGGGAUGUCACCUCUGGAUUCAUGAACUUGUCAAACUACACUCAGCUCGAGUACGAGCCGAGCACUGACGCCCCUUUGUACCAGCUAAUGAAAAAGAGAGUUGACGAUCAGUUUGACCACCUGUCGCAUGUUUUUAUAGCCGCAGGACUUGAAGAAAACGAGACGGACUUGUGCGACGCACGUGUCGUCACGGGAGAUGAUCAUCAGUGCACAUUCGUGCGCUUUGCAAGAGCUAAAGUGGUGCCUUUUACACUAGAUGCUGUUAGUCGAGCCAUGUGGAACGUUGCCAAGAAGAGCUCCGUGUUGAAUAUGGGAACAGCUGAUCCAGCUAUUAAAGAAGGAGGUGACAGUGUCAUGUACGUCAAAAGAGAGUGUCUGCUACAGGACAACGCAUUCUGCACUGCAGGCAUCUCUGUGCUGAUACGCGGUGUAUGUCGACGCUUUGUAGAACCACAUCGCAUCGUGUUCGUCUGGGAAGGGACGGGGGACUGGCCCAAGGACUACCUCCAAAGUCACCCUAGCAGCGUCCCAAUUAGGGAGCGUGGCUACUGUGUAAUCCAAAACGUCCACAUCAAGACCGGACUUGCUGCCUCGCUGACUGUUAUAAAGACCGUUGUCUGUAUGACACCUGGUUUGUCGGCGGCUAUUGACAUGAACGAACCGGAAUGCCUGGAAAUGCUUUCGAACGUUGUGAUCCCGUCCUAUCAUAAGAUUCUUGAAGCUCGCGAGCAGAUGCUCGAGAAUUUUAUCCUUGAUGAGAUGGUUUACUCCAAGAUGCAUGGAUCCGCGCCAAGGAUAUAG